AUGGUUUCAGUUUUACAGUCCACAGAGUCUAAGUCCCGUCAAAUUCCUAAGUUCGCCCGGGAGCAGGGACCUGCCCUCCAGGCCGCCUGGGUCCGACCCUCGGGAAUCGCUGAGGAGUGCGCCUUCUCCCGCAGCUGCCCGGGAGGUCUUCCCAGCUACCGCCCUCCUGUCUGUUGUCUGGGUCUCCGCGCCCUGCCGGGCCGGGAGCCGGCUCCCAGGAGGACGCCCGGGACGAGCGGGGCGUCUGGGCGGCCCGCGCUGCGCUCGGGCCGUCCGACGGUGUUGGUCCGCCCGGGGCCGUGUGCGCCGCUCGUCGGGAGCCACCCAGCGGCCGCCGUGAGCCGGUCCCUUCCUGAGCAACGUCGGCGACUCGCGCGAGGGCUGCGGUUCGGCCGCCGAACCCGGGGCAGAGCUCCAGAGGCCGGCGGUGACAGUGGCAACGUUCCCGGUGCCGUGAGGCCCGGGAAGAGCCUGCAGGUUCGCGGCCUGGGCGGGAGGCGUCGUUCGGUGUCGCUGCCCGGCCCGGAGACCAGCGCGCCGCGGGGCACCUCCUGCACGCGGGCACCGCCGGGGCAGCUGAGCGCGAGCAGGAAAGGUCACGGCACCGGCGUCCGCGGGAUUACACCUUCUCGAUGUUUCCCACUCGCCCAGAGGUGCGGACACACGGAUGCACGCAGACACCCAGCCUCCCCCACGGACCCCCACAGUCCUGAUUCACAAACGUGUGUUCUCUCCCCGGAGAGGGCCCGGCCCUGGUGUCCAAGAACAGGAUGCACCGGAAGGGACCAUGGGCCGCCCUUCCGCCAAAGGGCGCCCGGAAGCGCUUCCUCGCAGUGUUGGGAAACGGCCGUCCCGCUGCCCUCGCGGUGA